AAUGCUUGUUUGAUUGAAUUAGCACAAAUCCCCACACACACGCAUAACAAUGCCAUGUUAAUGCCCAUGGAUUUGGAAUGUGAGGUCCAACAGCUGUCAUAGAUGCUCAGCAAACAUUUCUCGCUCUCAGUGGGUGAGUUUUGUUGAAUGAACACACUUCAUCUAAAUACAAUGCUGUAUUUAGGGAUGUCUUUAUCUAGGUAUCAUUUUAUGCAGGGAGGAUCAAUAGGAAUCCUAAUAGAAUGGCAUUGUGACCUGGACAGAGGUUGGUCUGCGUGCCACCCUCACUACAGUUUUACUCGACUGGAUGGAAUUGCUACAACACACUCAGUCUCAUCUGGAUACAACUUUAGGUAUGCCCGUUAUUUCAAAAAUGCUGAUGGAGAGACUUUAAGAACGCUGUAUAAGGUGUACGGGAUUCGCUUUGACAUCCUGGUUCAUGGCAAGGCUGGAAAGUUCAAUAUAAUUCCAACAAUAAUAAACAUAGGCUCAGGAUUGGCGUUAAUGGGGGCGGGAGCAUUCUUCUGUGACAUGGUACUUCUCUAUAUGAUGAAGAAGAGUACUCUGUACAGGGAGAGGAAAUUUGAAACAGAUAAAAAAAAUGGAAACAACAAUAAAAAGAGUAUAGAAGUGGCGGAGGAACCUUCCAAGCAACUGUUAGAGCUGGAGCACCUCACUGACCCAACUUUAGAUGAACAACACAGCAUUGAAAACUGCACAGAACAAAAGGAUGAGACAUUUGACUGAUCAAUCUGUGACAAAUCUGCCACUGCAGUAUUUUAAAAAGAAAGGAAUGCAUCAUUUUUACUCAUUACCAUCAUUAAAAGAGCUACAGGUCCGGAAAGAAAUAGGAAAGAUGUGCUAAGAACAAUUUCUGAUCACUGUGCAAAGUUAUUAGCCAUACAAUAAUGUACAUACUUGAAGCAAUAGCAGCUGAUUUGCACAUUUGCUUAUUAUUUUAUUUAUUCUAGUUUUAAUGAAUGAUUUGUUCACUGUUAUGUCUCAUUCAGCAAUGCACAACUUUUACAUGCAUUAACAAGAAAUGCCUUAAGCCAAAGUAUUAUCCAAUACAAAGAAC